AAACAGAAUUCAGCACUUGAAUAAGCAAGCAGUAUUUACUUAGCACGUGCUCUAAAUAAGCCGAUCUAAAUAGCAGAAUUUUUUUGCGCGAUUUGAGAGAAUCACGUUCCAUCAACAAUGUCCAGCCAGCGAUAAGACAGAUAUAAAUAUCUUAAUCGAAGAUUGUGUGUUCCAAAAAAAUGCUGAUUCUUAAGUUCCGAAAGUAUGUGAGUCAUAACGACUGUGUUAAAGUGCGUAAUUACUUCAGCCUUCGAAAUCGUGGAAAAAUAUCGCUACGCUACGUCACACUGUGAUGGAUUAGAAUGAGACAGCACGGUACGGGUCCAUAGUUCAACAGCAGUCUGACAAUUCAAAGCAGUUGUUUCGUUUUUUUAUCAAUGAGGCAUCUCGCAUAGUAAAUAAGAGGAAACCGUUAAGCAAAUAUGAUGGAUCGAAAUGAAGGAGAAAAAUGGAACACUUAAAUUUGGAAACAUCGUCAUGUGAGAGAGAAUAAUUUUUAGAAGUACGUCUUUCACCAAAGAUAAUUCUGAGAAAGAGAUACUUCAUCGCGAUAGCCUCGACGCUCGUACGUUCGAAAACUCCAGCCAGUGAUAUCUUCUCCACCAACGCGACAGUGCACGAUUGACGUGGACAUCAAUGAGCUUUGCGAGGCGCCACAUACUGAUUUUUAUCGAAAGUUAUUGCAUCACUCAGUAAUAAAAAUCGUGCGUGACACGGAAAUUUUAAUACGCUGUUACACUAUUUAACAUCGUGUUUUUCAAACAAAAAAGUAUAGCUUCUUUAUUUUUCUUUAUCGUGAGUGUAAUUGUGUUUUAAAAUUGAAGGUAAUAUGUCUCGUAAUUAGACUAUAUCAUAUUGUGUUUUAGAUUUUAAAUUAGAAACACUGUGUCCAGCACUUAAAAAUAUUUAUUUUAGACAAUUCGUGAUACUCUGAGUAUUAGUGUUGUGUGCCAUUAUAUUCAUCUCUGAAAGAAACGUAAAGUCUUCUUCGGAGCGCGACAUUCUGUAUGACCGUGAUCUCACUCUCUGUUUUGCCUGUGUGACGACGUGCACGUGUUCCAAUACGUACACAUAGAUACAUACUUAAGCACUCGAGUCUGUUAUUUGUACAGAAAAUAUUUCAAGUGUCGCUAUAAGGAGCGAGCAGGUUCUCGUCGAUCUCUGCGUAGAUUGCCACAGCAGACUUCCGAUUGCAUUUUUGACCUUCGAUUGUUGAUUAUGGCCACCGCGGAGGACAAAAUCGUGCGCGCGUCGAUAUUCGAAACGAUAGAGCUGCACUUCCUGUCUUUCAUCUAUGGCCUGUAUCUCAUAGUCAGACGGUUUCUCAGAUGGCUAUGGGAUCCUAAGAAGUUUUUCAUGCUUCAGCAGCGCGAUCAGCCACCGCCGUGUCUGGUCGAUAACAGCUUCGGCACGCAUUCCUACGUGAAAAUCAAGGGUGUGAAAUUUCACUAUGUGGAAGCGGGAAAUAAGAAUAAACCACUCGUCUUGUUAUUACAUGGAUUUCCGGAUUGCUGGUUAUCUUGGAGAGAACAAAUUCCAUGCCUCGCAGAACACUUCAGGGUAGUGGCUAUGGAUUUAAAAGGAUUUGGCGAUAGCGACAAACCGGUCAACAAGCGAACUUACAAUGUCGAAAUUUUAAUAGAUGAGUUAAAACAUUUUAUUUUAUCUCUUGGUGUGAAAUCGUGUAGUAUAAUCGGCCAUGACUUAGGAGGACUUUUAGGAUGGUACAUGGUUGCUUUAUAUGGAGACCUCGUUUACAAAUUUGUGGCUAUUUCGAGCCCGCACCCUAAUCUCUAUUGGAAUAGAUUGUCAGGAGACUCCGCAUUAGAUAGAAAAUGGAUACAUUUUAGCAGAUUGCCAUUUCUUCCGGAAAUAGACGCGCUUAAGGAAGACUUGUCUAUUAUCAACGAUACAUUUCAACAUCUUCGAAUAUCUCAAAACGGUGUAGAAAAAAAUUACGUUGAGGCGUACAAAUAUGCUUUUAGUAGAAAAGAGGACUGGACAGGACCAAUCAAUUAUUAUCGCACUCUUCCAUUCACGAGAUUGAAUAUAGAUAAUGGCCAACAGAUCGAUAAUAAGACGUUGCUGUUAGUCGGAAAUAUGGAUCCUUUCGUAACGAUAGAGAAUAUCAUUCAAAGUUCCGAACACGUGGAGGUGUCUAGGGUUAAAGUCAUACCUGGGACACAGCACUUCCCACAUCAAGAGAAACCAGAUGUCGUAAAUAAAGCAAUCAUAAAAUUUCUGAUAGGCACAACACAGAACCCAGAGAAAACGCCUCCAAAGAGUAUUGUAUCCUCUUGGUUAGGAUCUUUAAGCAGCACUGUCAAGUAUGGCAAUCAGGUGAUCGAUGCUGUGCAUAAACGAACUAAUAAUGUGGUGAAUGUAUUGCCCAAUAAAGUACUUUAUUUGGGUCAAACAACAGGUUAGGUGAUGUCAUCUAAUAUCAACUUUAUGUAGUUCAGAUUUUGCACUUUGUCGUUAUUACACCGGUAUGCGUUAACGCUAAGGUAUAUGAAACUCGUAAAAGGCUGAUUUGAUCCUCUAUUUAUUAAUACUUGUUUCUUUUUAUACAAAUAUUACAUUUGCAAUUGCUAUUUUUAUAUAAAUGUGCAUUACGAUUUGGGAUUGCAACUUUUGUAAAUAACAAAGCUGCACGGAGGAAAUUUUAUAUAAAAAAUUACUGUGUGUGAUAGUAAACCAUGAAGAAAUUUAAAAAAUUUUUACUAUGGUUUUCACAUGUGAAACAUAAUAAAAAUUUUCGAUCCGCGGCUACUACCGUGUAUAAUAAUUUUUGAUACAAAAUUUUUUCCGUGUGUAUAAAGAUUUCUUCUCUCUACAUCACUCACUUAGUUUUUUAAUUAUUGUAUAUAUUUUUUUUGAUAAGAUCUCGUAAUUUGUGUAUGAAUAAUGUACAAUGAAGUGAAUUUUUUAUGAUUGUCAUUUAGUACAAAAAUUCGUAGUAAAUGUAAAGCUGUGUAAAACUUUCGACAUUAUUUUAACAUUUUCAAUUUAAAUACUGUUAUUAAAUAUUAAAUAUUUAACAAUAAUUUCGUUUGUGCCAGUGUUGCAAUAU